AUGGAGCAGCUGGUUAUUACAGAGGCUACGGCGGUAUUUCGGUAUCCCGGUAUUUCGCUGAGGGCGCGGCGGCUCUCGGCGGCCGAGGAGCUUUUCAGCCGCUUCAUCGCCCGCAGCCCCGAGGGUGCCCGCUGCGACCUCGCCGCGGCGCUCAACGAUCGCGGGCAGGCGCGGUACCUGAGCGUGGAGUUCGCCGCCGCCGUGCAGGACUUCACGGCCGCCAUCGAGUGCCAGCCCGCCUUCGAGGUGCCCUACUACAACCGCGGGCUGGUGCGCUACCGGCUGGGAGACUUUGAUGAGGCCAUAAAAGAUUUCAGGAAAGUAUUAGAGUUAAACCCCCAGUUUGAAGAUGCUGCAUUGAGUCUAAAACAGGCUAUUCUUGAUAAAGAAGAAAAACAGAAGCGGGGUUAUUGAAAAUUCAGUGAUGCAAUUCCCAUAAAUGUGAUUUUUGUCAUCGAUGGAUAAAACCCAAGAACAUUUACAUCUGUUAUGACCUGUGGAAACACUUAAUUCUUAGAUAAAUAAGUUAAAAAUUGGUUAUGAUUGCAAAAGAAACUGGAUUUGGGGUUUUUGUUCUUGAGGGAAUGUGUAAUGUUGAUCUCUGUGAGACACAUCUACAGAUUUUGUACAGAAAUACUUUGUAAUUCUAUAAUGAAUAUAUUGGCCAGAUUAAUUGACAAUAAAAGUGAAAAUGUACUUUUUAUCUCAUGAUUAUCUGCAGAGUUUACUGUAGAAAAUAUUCACAGGAGGAGUUGUGGCUUUCUCUUAUUAGAGAUCAAUUUCCUGAAAGAUACAGUGUGAAAUCCAUCUGAUGGAGAUGCCUGUGAAGUCCCAGGCAGCAUCAUUUCUCACAUGGUAGGAGGGACCAUUACUGAAGUCUGUAAAUUGUCAGCAAGUUUAUAGCAACACAAGUUCUAAUGAAAAAAAUACUGUCUGAUUGCUCAGAUGAGCAUUAGGAUUUUGUCUUUUAAAUAAAAUGAUGCCAGUGA